AUGCAACACACCUAUCUUCGUUAUGAAUGUGCCGAUUCUUUUGGAUUGAUCAGUUCUUCAGCUUCUUCCAAAGCACCACAGUCGAACUCCAUUCUAGCGUUUGGGUCGGAUUCCAGACAGAGACCGAUUCUACUCACAACUGCUGGGAGCCUGUGUAUGGGAUUUCAUCUACGGACAACAGAAGCUACCAUCAAGAUUGGUCACAGAGAAGAGCUAACUGGUGGGGUAGGAACAGGACGAGCCUUGAACAGUGAUUUAAUUGUUUGUUUGGAUGUUUCCAUUCAAGAUCACCAUGAGAGUUGUAAAGUGGCUACCGGCUGGGUCGAUGGGGCUGUUCGGGUAUUCGAUGUCACAACAGAAGAAAUGCAAUCAGAUAGGGGCCCCGGGCUAGUGCAAAGUCUAUUGCAGGAAUCCUAUGGUCAAGAUGAUUUCGUCAUGAGAGAGCCUCUGGUUCUCAAUGGUCAUUCUGGAUCUCCUGUUCGAUCAAUAGCAUUCGAUACAAAGGACGCCAGUCGCCUAGCAUCUGGUUCAAGUGAUGGUGCUGUAGUUUUGUGGGAUGUAAUUGCCGAAUCUGGUCUCUACCGCUUACUGGGUCACAAAGGUGGUAUCACUGAUAUGAACUUUGCCAAAAUCGAACCCUCUUCUUUGGAUAUGUUGAUAACGUCAAGUUUGGACGGUCUUGUGAAGGUUUGGGAUCUGAAUGGCCAAUGCUGCAUCCAAACCAUUCCUAUCCAUAGGGGCGAGGUAUGGGGCGCUGCUCUUCAGCUCAUUCCAGGUUCGAACCCACUAUCAGCAGGGGGUAUCGACGCCACGGAUGACGACAGAAUAAGACUGAUCACGGGGAGUAGUGAUGGGCAGGCUAGAGUAUGGGCUGUGAAGACUCCCAAGCGAUACAGUGACGAGAAGAUCGAAAAAGAUGGAGACACCGCUAUGAAGUAUUUGGAAGCUGAGAACUUGGAAAGCGUAGAUGAUGUUUGCCAUUACAUGGGAACCCUUUCUCCGCCACCUAAUGUCUCAAGCUCGGCAGAACGGAUUGCAUGUAUUCAUUUCCAUCCCAAUGGGAAGUACGUUGGGGUACUUCACGCCAAUUCAAAAGAUGUUGACGUAUAUUUGAUUCGCACAGUCCAAGAAUCUUUCAAAAAGAAACAAAGGCGUUUGAGGCGUCGAAAAGAAAAGUCGAAACAAAGUGAGAACAAGGUUGAUCAAGGAUCCAAGGGCCAGAAGCGUGGAAUGUUAGAUGAUCCAGAAUCAGAAGACGAGAAAUCAGAAGUAGCAGAGAAAGCUUCCCUUGACCGAGAACUUUCCCCUGAGCAAAUCAAGGCAUCAGAUGAGUUCGAAUAUUUCGGAACAGUAAGAGCCACCCACAAGGUAAAAUCAUUCAUAUUUGUGCCCUACAAGGAGCAAGGCGGAGGUGUCAGGGUCGUAUGUUCCUUAUCGACAAACGCUCUGGAAGUGCACGUCCUCAUUCGAAAAGCCGCAACUGAAGGAAAAGAGGCUACUGUUCACGCCAACAAAGUGUCAACCAUGAACCAAUUGGGACAUCCAACUGGAAUUCGCGGAAUCCAGAUUUCGUCAGACGACUCACUUGCCUGUACAGUGUCAAAGACAAGCACCAAGAUUUGGAAUGUCGCGAAAAGAUCGUGCACUCAAUCCCUUACUCCGUCGAUUGACGAUAAGCCUUGUUAUGGACUCUGUGCAACUUUUCUUCCAGGAAACACCCAUCUUGUUCUUGGAACAAGGGAGGGACACCUUCUUCUGCUCGAUAUUGCAGCUGGGGAGGUUGUUGACUACGAAGAAAAUGCACAUGAUGGAGCAAUUUGGAGCAUCGACAUCCGUCGACCAACAGCGAAGCAGCCCGCGAUUGCGUUGGUGACAGGUUCUGCUGACAAGACAGUGAAGUUCUGGGAGAUAGAAGCGGAGCAAGACUCGGACACACCUAUGUUGACGCAAACACGCACACUUGAGAUGACUGAUGACGUGGUUGCAGUUCGCUACUCCCACUCUACCGAUCCUUCGAAGCGCAUGGUUUUCGUUUCGUCACUUGAUUCUACAAUCAAAGUCUUCUUCGAAGAUACGCUCAAGUUCUUCUUGAGUUUGUACGGACAUAAGCUUCCGGCUUUGGCUCUUGAUGCGGCUGAUGACGAUUCCAUUCUGGCUUCUUCUGGUGCCGAUAAGACAGUGAAGAUCUGGGGGCUUGAUUUUGGAGACACUCAUCGAACACUACAUGGACACGAGGAGUCUGUAACUGAUCUUCGAUUUGUCAAACGAUCGCACAACUUUUUCACAACGAGCAAAGAUGGAACUGUCAGAUAUUGGGAUGGAGAUCGAUUUGAGCAAAUCCUUGUCUUGAAUGGGCAUUUCGCAGAAGUUAGCUGUCUUGCGAUCAGUAGAACUGGCGCAUUCAUCUUGACUGGUGGAAUGGAUCGUCAAGUUAGGGUAUGGGAACGAACAAAGGAUAUUGUGUUUUUGGAAGAGGAAAGAGAACGCGAACUUGAACAAAUCUUUGACCGUGUUGAUCAAGAUGAGCAGGACACGGCAAAGUUACUCAAGCAAAGGGAAGGUGAUGCCGACAAAAACGAAGGCAUGGGAGACGAACCCCAGAGUGAAGCGGCGGUGAGAAAGAGUGUCCUUAGUGUAGCUGCAGGAGAUAGAAUCAUGGAAGCGCUAGAAAGAGCAGAUCAGGAAACAAAAGAAAGCGCAGCCUUCCGCCGUAGCAAUCCAGGCAAGACACGCAUGCCAAACCCGCUUCUACUUGGGAAAGAGCCGCCACUAUACAUGCUUUGGGUUCUGAAGACGAUAAGGCAGGCGGAACUCGAGCAAAGUUUGCUUGUUCUCCCCCUUUCACAUGUUGAAAGACUUUUGUACUACUUGAUCAUUCUUCUCAGAAGAGGCCGUGGUGUCGAAAUAUGCUCUCGUGUUGGCAUUUUCCUUGUGAAAACGCAUCAAAAUCAGAUCUUGACCAAUCGAGGAAUGAGUGUACCAAUUCGCGAGCUUUCGAAGCUAGUACGCCUUCGUCUAGCUGAGUCUCGCGAUGUGAUCGGCUUUAACCUUGCAGCACUUCGAGCCGUCGCUCGAAGUACCGCAAUGAUCUUGCCGCAGCUGCUGAAGGGAGGAGACGGUGAAGACUGUUGCAAACAGAUUGAUCAUUUUACCGUCUCUUCUGAUAUUCAAUAG